GCCGCUCUCGGUGGAGCUCGUGAGGAACCGCGCGCGGUGUGGGCGCUCGCCGCCGGCCGAAGCUUAGCCUCCGACGCCGUCAGCCCCGAGCCUCCGCCAUGGACUUCAACGACGAUUACAUACACAAUCCUUGCAGAAAUACUUACCAGGGUUUUAAUGGAAUGGAUCGUGAUUAUGGCCCUGGAUCUUAUGGAGGGAUGGAUCGAGAGUAUGGCCAUGGAUCCUACGGGGGUCAAAGAUCCAUGGAUUCCUACCUAAACCAGUCAUAUGGCAUGGACAAUCACAGUGGUGGUGGUGGGGGUAGCAGGUAA